AUGAAUUUUUUUCUCUGUUUUAUAGAACUUUCUGAAGAAGUUAUAGAAGUGCCAUACGUUGCAGCUACACAGAAUGAAGAUGAAAAAAUAAAUCAUGAUAUGGUAUUCAAUGACAAUCCGAUUAAUUUGGAAUUCGGAAAUACAAAACCUUACUGUACAGAUAAAAAACGAUCUCGUAUUAUGCAAUUUCUGAUGAAUGAAUGGAUACUUUCUAUAAUUUUUGUGAUUCUUAUCCUUUAUUUUGGUCAUAUUCAUCUGGCUCUGAAAUUUUUACCAUUACAUAUGAAAGUUUUAAAAGCAUCUGAUUCAUUAACGUGUCCCAGAAGAAAUAAUACUUAUCAAAAUCGUAUUAUGGAACAAAAUAAUAAAUAUUACUAUUCAAAUAAAAUAGUACCAAAUAUACUCGAUAUUAAUAUCAAUGAUAACAAUAACAUACCGAUAAUAUAUUACGAGUCAAAUGAUGAAGAUAUGUCGAAGCAAAGUUCUACAAUACCGAUAUUUCAUGAUUUAAGUUGUACAUUAUAUGAUAUAUUUCGAUAUGCAUUUAUUAAAUUUUUAUGUUGGAAAGAUGACAUCCGUAAUAUUAUUCCAACUGAACUUCAAAAUGAAAAAGCUGAUAUGUCAAUGAAUUAUGCUGAUGAAAAAGCAGAUCAAACAUUAUCAUGUAUUAAAAAAUUCUUUUUGGAUAUUAUCAAUAUUCGACAAUUAAAGAAAAAAAAUCUUACAAACGAACAAUGUAUUUCACGUACAUUAUCAUUAGAUACAUCGUUUGAUCAAAUAUUACAAACUGAACGAGAAAAUUUGAAUAAAAAUGAAGUUACUGCUCAAAAACUUAUACCUUCUGUUCGUUCAACGAAUAUAGACAUAUUUAAUAUACAUAAGAUAUCGAAAAAAUAA